AUGACGAGGUUCCGUCCGUGCAUCGAUCUCCAUGCCGGAGAGGUCAAGCAAAUUGUCGGUGGUACGCUCGACAGCACAUCGGAGGCUUUGAAAACCAACUAUGUGUCGAAACUCCCAGCUUCGCACUAUGCAUGCAUGUACAAAGAGAAUGCACUCACCGGCGGCCAUGUCAUCAUGCUAGGCCCCGGGAACAGCGCGGCUGCGACAGACGCUCUACAAGCAUGGCCGGGUGGUCUUCAGUUGGGGGGAGGUAUUUCAGACACGAAUGCGCAGAGCUGGAUAGACGCCGGCGCAGAAAAGGUUUGUGGAUGGUACGCUGGCGGAACACAUGUUAACAAGAAGAAAAAGGUCAUCAUCACCUCGUUUCUCUUUCCUGAGGGCAAGUUCAGCCAAGAACGCCUUGAUGCUGUUCUCGAGGCCCUGGGUGGCGACAGGACAAAGCUCGUCAUUGACAUCAGCUGUCGUCGACAAGGCGAUGAUCGCUGGUUCGUGGCCAUGAACAAGUGGCAGACCAUAACCGACAUGGAAGUCACGCAAGAGUCCAUCAAGUCGCUCGAGCCGUACUGCUCAGAAUUCCUCAUCCACGCUGCUGACAAUGAGGGCUUGCAAAGAGGAGUCGAUGAGAAACUCAUCGAGCGGCUAGCUCAGUGGUGCUCGAUACCCGUCACGUAUGCUGGCGGUGGUCGAAGCCUGGACGAUCUGGAGGCGGUCAAGCGUCUGAGCCACGGCAAGGUCGACCUCACCAUUGGCAGCGCCCUCGAUUGUUUUGGUGGCCAGGGCGUCAAGUUUGAUGACUGUGUGGAGUGGAACAAGAAGCAAGGUGCGUGA